AUGCCCUCCAAGUUGACCUCAACAUUGGUUACCGAAUCAGCGGUAAUCAAUGCCCCAAUAUCAGAAAUCUGGCCCCUGAUUCAACUGAAAAACUUCCAGAACUUCUUCAUCGGCAUCAGCAAGACCGAGAUUCUGCCCUCCGAUGAUAUUCAGCCAGAAAUAAUCAGAUGGACAUUCGACGACGGCACAGUACUAGACGUCAAGGAGGAGGAGUACUCGAACCUGAAAAACUGCAUGUCUUUCCACAUCGUCCAGUGCCGACCAUGGGGACUCCCCUACACCAACGUCCUCAGUACUAUUCGCUUGUACCCUAUCACCAGCAGGGCCGCCGAGGGAGGGACGUUCGUGCAGUGGAGCGGUCAGUACACGGCCGACGCCGACGAGGAGGCAGUAAAUGAUGGGCGUGUUAAACGUCGUGAAGCCCUGGGAUUUCUUGCUGACGCUGUGGAAAAGCAUUAA